AUGACGUCAGUGUUAAUUCCUCCUAAUAACCCCUUUUUGAAGCGUCCUGGUGGGAUACCCCAGCCAUGGCCCAUUCACCCCCACCCUACGGUACAGACCCACAAGUCUCACUUCCUACCCUCUCCUGCUCCUCACCUGCCUCUUUUCCACACCCGUCAUGCAGAGGAGAGUGCAGAGCGGCCCCACCUGGUCACCAUCGUCCGCCCCUGUGGUCAGAGUACACUGCGGAAGGUAACAGUGCUGUUGAACCGCAGGGGUGUGGUGUCCUUCGAGCAACUGUUAUUGGAUAUCUCUGAGGCGUUGGGGUUUCCUCGCUGGCACAAAGCCAAAAUCACACGCCUGUACACGACCCACGCACGAGAGGUGAAAAAUGUAUGUGACUUCUUCCGAGGCGAGGUAGCCUUCCUGGCGCUGGGUAAGGCUCGUCCAGAUCUGAGCAGCGUGCAGGAGGCUCUGGAGGAGCUGUUUCCAGACCAUUCCCAUUACCGCACUGACGCACUGCGAGUCUGGGAGAAAAGACUUAGUCCAGCACCAGAUAAAGCUGCUAAGGCCGACAGUGGAUACAGUGAGGGAGCAGAUAGCAUCAGCAGGAAUGAAGAGAAGAGUCUUGCACAGUUACAACUUUUAAAGCCACUUCCAGACGUGGGUCCAGCACAAAAAGAGGUACUGCAGAGGACAACCUUUGACCUUCCUUCAGACGGCAGUGAUGUCACCCUGUCAGAUAUUGAGCGUUGCUAUGAAAUAGGCCGUGUGGUUGGAGAUGGGAACUUUGCGGUGGUGCGAGAGUGCCGUCGUCGUGACAAUGGGCAAACCCUUGCCAUAAAGAUAGUCGAACGCUCUAAACUGAUUGGUCGAGAGCACAUGAUGCAGAAUGAGCUGAGCCUUCUGGGUAGCCUGUGUCACCCUCGCAUAGUGCGGCUGGUUGCGUACCACCACACACACCUUCACUCCUACCUGGUGAUGGAGCUGGUGACCGGGGGGGAUCUGUUUGAGGCCAUCAGUGAGAGAGGGAAGUUUUCAGAGGCAGAGGCAGGACUGAUGGUGUCAGACAUGAGUGAAGCACUAAAUUACAUCCACUGCAAGAGCAUCGUCCACCGAGACCUCAAACCAGAAAACCUACUGGUAGAGCGCGUGGCAGCUGACAUCUGUAGGCUGAAGCUGGGAGACUUUGGUCUUGCCAUGGUUGUGACUGAACCAGUCUUCACCAUAUGUGGGACACCCACAUAUGUAGCCCCAGAGAUUCUCUGUGAGACAGGUUAUGGUGUAGCAGUGGACAUAUGGGCUCUGGGUGUUAUUCUCUACAUCCUGCUGUGUGGCUUCCCCCCAUUUCGCAGUCGGGAUCGGGACCAGGAAGAGUUGUUCCAGCUAAUAAAACAGGGACAUCUCCACUUCCUGUCCCCCUACUGGGACACCAUCGCAGAGGGUGAGAAAGGCCUUGUCAGAGCUCUGCUUCAGCCAGAUCCAACAGUGAGGUUGACAGCACAGCAGACCCUACUGCACCCCUGGGUGAAGGCUAUGGCUUCAAAGUGCAGGCAGAGGACGCUCACAGACAAAACACGGAGAAACACAGCAGACACUGGAGCAGAAGCAGAGCGAGUUCAGAGUCCAGCUCAGACCAAUGCAGCAGAAACAAUGGCAGACAAAACACCAGGACACACCAGCAGCGAGGGAGAAAUCACACAAAAAGAGCUCAGCAGAAUUGAUGAGAGACAAACUGAGAUGAACAUAAGUGGAGGGCAAGAUGAGGACAAAGCACCACAGCAACAAUCAAAAGAGACAAGAACAGUUCACACCAUAUCUACACAGAUCAAAGUGCUAACAAUGUCAGAGGACUCACCUGGUCAACAGAAACCAGAGUGCACCUCUCCAGACUCUGGCUCACCCAACAGGGAGCCCAGCAGGCGAGAAAUACAGGAUCCAGGUCUCAAGUUGUCAAACACAGACAGGGAACUCAAUCAACGUGAUGCCACUGAACACCAAACUGAACUUCCAUCCCAGAUUAAGACAUAG